AUGCCACUCCUCCUGUCGCUACAUUUGAAGACCGACACCGUCUUCGCCGUUAAGCCGAAUCUAGUCGUCGACUUCACACCGCUGAAGGGUGACGACAAGGCAACCUUCAAGUUGGAAUAUAACAUCGACCUCGAUCCCAAGGGCUACAAGGGCAAGUUGUAA